AUGGCGGCAUCAUCAUAUGAGAGGAGGGAGAGGGAGGGGAAAACAGCAGAGGGAAAUGCACAAGGGUGAACUAGAGAGCAAGAGAAUAAGAGUUAGUCCUCAAUCAAGCAUCAACAAGCCGAGUGCCCUCUAAGCCCUAGAGACGUAGCCCUUGCAAUUCGAGAGGUCUCGGUCCCGCGCUCUCCCUCCAUCCCUCCUCGCCAGCCAUCCAGGUCUAACCAGAGGUCACGUCAUGAAUGCUCAAACAAAACAGAAGCAUUUCUGCUUCAUCUCAGGAGGAGCCAGGCCAAAGGGAAAUAAGUACAUGGUAUAUAGGCUAUUGGAUUGUGUUCAUACCAUUUCAGGGUCUAAGUUGCCAUUCAAUCUGCAAAAAGCUUUACCCCAAAUAAUUUAUAAACCUGUUCCUUGUAAGUGGCCAAUUUGACCUAAAUAAAAUACCAUUCAUUGUGUUAUUUAAGUCCAUCUGUAGAGAAAUCACACACAAAAUCAGGUAGCCUAAAUGCUACAAUGUUUUCUAGGGUUUACCCAUUUAGUCGACUGGUCGAUUGUUUGGUCGAUUGUUUGGUCAAUAGGCUGUUGGUGGACCGAGACAGAUCUUGAUUAUGUUGCCUGAUUGAGUGUUUGUUUAAUAGCCUACUGAUUCCGUAAGCGCCAAGCCUCAUGCAACGACAAAAUGUCAGAUAAAGCAAUUUCACAGAUUCAGCCGUUUUUAAUAUUUGCUAUACUGUAAUAAAGGCUUUAAAUUUUGUUUGUUUGAAAAUACUGGUAUUACUUAUUUAUUUAGUGUUUAUACUGUUCCAAACAGGCAGAAAAAUAAUAUUGUAAUUUAAACAGCACCUCUUUGUCACACAUAAUAUGCACUCAGCUCUAACUCCUAUACCCUCCUUUUUCUUCAUCUCCUUGUUGUUAUUAUUGCUUAUUAUUAUUAUGAUCAUCAUUAUAGUAAUAAGUAAUGUAGUUAUCAUUAGUAGGCUUUGUAUAGGAGCCUUGUAUAACCACCAUCGAGCUGUGUCCUGUUCAGUCUUAAUACCGUAACGUACUUAGGCCUAUAUUUGUGUCAAUCAAUCAUUCAUUCGUUCAUGCCAUCACACAGCAUACGAGACAUUCAUGCUUUGAAAUGCAAUCAAGCAUUUUAGUUUUGAAAUUAAAUAACAAAGGGAGCUUUGAAUACUUAGCCUAAACAAUAAAUAAAGCACAAUUCACGAAUGCAUGCACCUGUUUUUAGUCUGCUGUAAUAAAGGCUUUAUGUCUAUGUUUUCAUUACAACAGACUCUCUGGUACACUUAUUUAGUGUUUACACUUCCAAAUGGUCAGAAAGAAUAUUGUAAUCUAACAGCAACUGUUUGGCACACACAAUACUCACGCAACGCUUGCUCCUAUACACUCCUUUUUCUUGAUCUCCAGUAGUUUCCACAACUAAGUCAAAUGUCUUCCACAGAUCUGACUUUCCCUUUCCCUUCUGAGCAAGCAGUAAACAUUUGCCCAUUUCAAAUGUCUUUUUCACGUCCUCCACAUGCAUUUUGCUGUCGUGUUCGGAGUUUGUUACAGCCAAUUUAUUGAUGUUAUUAUGAUAGGCUAUAGGCCAGGCCCUAUUGGUCACAUGCAUGCGACGCUUACAUGUUUCACGUAAAGAGAGCAAGGGUUGAGGGAAUAGGGAAUGUGUUUCCUAAACACAUUUUGGAUUUCGGUAACAUAACUUUUCAGUCAGAAACAAGUAAGAAACUAAAUGGCUGAAAUAAUGUUGCAGCUUCAGCACGGACAGCGCAAUAAACACUUGCUGUGCUGUGGUGCCUUUUCGCUGCAGUAGGGAAGAGAGCGAGACAACGUGUGCCAGUCACACAGGCCCUCGCUGUAAAAACAAUUAACACAGUGUGACCAUCUGGCUUUUUCUUGAGUGUUAAUUAUUUAAUCAAACAGUAGGCUAUGCUUAAAACAUCAGACAAGCCCAGUGCGUAUGUAGUUUAUUUUAUUCAAACACAUAGUGGUCCUCUGUAGCUCAAUUGGUAGAGCAUGGCGCUUGUAACGCCAGGGUAGUGGGUUUUAUCACCGGGACCACCCAUACGUAAAAAUUUAUGCACACAUGACUGUAAGUCGCUUUGGAUAAAAGCGUCUGCUAAAUGGCAUUAUUAUUAUUAUGAUUAUUAUUAUUAUUAUUAUUAUUACAUAGGGUGUGUCUGUCUAUAUAUGGAAAAAUACGUUCUCAUCCUGUAGACUCCGGUGGCAGAACAUAUACCACAGUUUGUCAGUCCAAAUUAAACACAGAAUGGUUUGAAAAUUGCUGUUGUGACUGUGAAUGUCAGCACCCCGGGAAUCCAAUGCAAUAGUCUACUUUUAUUCUACAUAGAUUUCUGAAAUACUUUGAGAAAAUUGCAGGCAUUCAGCUUGUUCGUAUUGCCCUGGAGACUCCUGCAUGGUCUCAUAGGUGAAUACAGUUAUUUAUAUAUUAUUCAAGCACUGCCGCCUAUAUGUUACUAUAUAUUAUUAUUUUUUAAAUAUUGUAUUUAUUUAUUUAUUUUUAAAACGACACAAAACAUGCAUACAAACAUCCACAACAUCACCCCUUUCCAGACCCACCUGCUCACUAUCAAUAUGUAUUGCUAUCUUUGUCUGCUGCAGAGAGAGCGUGAGAAAAUGAGUUUUGAUCAGUCAUGGAAAUAAAAGUGCUGAAAACAUGUUGGCUCACUAUUUAAAAAGAAGACGGAGAAUAAGCUAUUGGAUGAAAAAUACAGGAGUUUUGGAUAGGGAUGGGCACAGUUAUUUUAAUAUCUGAACCGACUUUAGAAUUUGAUUACUUGGGAGAGUAUACAUUUUUUAGGAAAAAAUAUAGGCUUAUUUUAACAAUGAAAAGGCUUUGUCUAAAAUAAAAUAACAUGCAAGGAUAGACCAUUAGACAUUUCAAUAAAACAACAGUCUUAAAACAGUUUUUAUGAGUGCAACCCAUAAAGACGCACCGGUAGCCUACAUACGUUUCACACCUGUAGCUUGUUAUUGUCGGUCAAUCAAAGUGGCGCUAUAGUCCAUAUGUGUAGCAAGUAAAGUGGGAGAUGUAUUUUUUUGUUGUUAUUUAGCAGACACUCUUAUCCAGAGCGACUUACAGGAGCAAUUAGGGUUAAGUGCCUUGCUCAAGGGUACAUCGACAGAUUUUUCACCUAGUCGGCUCGGAUUAGAACCAGCAACCUUUUGGUUACUGGCACAACGCUCUUAACCACUAAGCCACCUGCCGCCCCUUAUCAACGCGAAAUGGAAUAACAAUUACGGAAUUAAGUUGGCUAAAUGAGGAGUAGGCUACAAUGAUCAACCAACAGGUAGGCUGUUGUUUAAUAUGAAUGGAAUUGUUGUAGACAAGUACGAGGAGCGCAGCAAAAUGGCCUCAAUUAGCCUUGCUACUUUAGCUAGCUGGCUAACUUAGCUGGCUUCUGUAGCUAGCUAGCUUCUUUACAACUAUUUGAUGCAGUUAGGACAGGUACUACCAGAUGGAAUGACUGACAGCCUAUGGCAGCAACAAGUUUGUCUAACUAGCGCGAGUAAGUUUGUCUAACUAGCGCGAGUCGGUUUGGCUACUUUUGCUUGCUCACUCUCUCGCUCUUGCUUGCUCUCUCUCGCUCUCUGCACCACACACACAUACUGUCACAUACCAGCCCCUGAUCCUCCCCCACCAUUCUGCUGAAACAAGCAGAGCGCAGCGCAAGUCUCCAUUUUCAUUUUUCUAAAUAAAAAAUGUUUUCUUUCCGGAUAUCCGAAAAAUAGCAUGAUAUUAUUUGAGUAGUGAAAUCAUUUCAAAUGCCUAUCCCAAGUUCUGAAGCAGGUACAGCCGACUAGCACUAGUUAAACCUACCUAGACCCCCAAAAUGUUUUUUUUUUUGGUGUGCUUAUACAGUGCCUUCGGAAAGUAUUCAGACCCCUUGAUUUUUUCCCACAUUUUGUUACAUUACAGCCUUAUUCUAAAAUUGAUUAAAUAAAUAAAAUCCUCAGCAAUCUGCAAUCCCCAUAAUGACAAAGCGAAAAUAGGUUUUUAGACAUUUUUGCUGCUUAAAAUUGGCACGUUUUUGGGGACACACCUCAUAUUUCCACCCCUCCCACCUCAGCACAAGCAAAUUGAUAUAAGACAGGUAAAUUACAAUAUUUAUUACAAUAUUUCUAAAUAGGAUUGGGUCAGAAGCAUGAUAUCAUAAAUCGCAUCUCUCGUUCCAUGAGCAUAAGGCAAUGUGUGCACACGUAGGCCAAAGGGCUCUUCGGCAGGAGGCAUGGAUGUUUGUCCUAUCCAUUGAAUAUAGUUUAUUCAAUAGUAUACACUAAUCCUAUAAUAGGCCUAAUUAUAAUAAACAUGUAGCCAAUAUAUAUAUAUAUAUAUAUAUAUAUAUAUAUAUAUUUUUGGGGGGCCUUCAACAUGGAAAUAUUUGUCCACACAUUCCAUUAAAAUAAUGCACUGCAUGUUCGAGCUAUGGGCAAUUGGAUAUUGCUCAAACGUUAUAAUAAGAUUAGCCUACCAUCGCCGUUGAUAUGGCCUGUUAGUGACUUUGUCACGUGAAAGGUAAACAAACGAACAGGCAAAAAGCAAGCGGAUUCAGCAUCAAGGACAGCGAUCAUUAUUCCCGCAAUUUAACAGUAAGGUCCAACAGAUGAAAGUGGAAGAUGCAAUUGUUCAACAAAAUGAUAAAGGAAAAACCAUAAGCAGUCUAUUGUAAUAACUUUAUGUUCCUAAACAGACUUCCUACAGUCACUGACACCUUUCAUUCAAUGGGCAUUUAAAAAAUGUCCAAUAUAAAGAAAAUAAUUGAAUUUCUGUUGAUUGUUUUGCUACUCGUGAUAUUUUAAUAAAAUAUUGGUUAUCGGCUACUGAGCGCCUCCGCUGGCAAAAAACGAUGCCAUAACCAGUUGCGUUACUGCUAAGACCAGGUUUUGGUGAGUCUUCAAUAUCACCUCUAGUGCUGCUUAAAACUGGCACACGUUUUUGGGGACACACCUCAUAUUUCCACCCCUCCCACCUCAGCACAAGCGAGCUGAUAUUAGACAGGUAAAUUACCAAGAGCAUGGACUCUACAAGGUGUUGAAAGCGUUCCAGAGGGAUGCUGGCCAAUGUUGACUCCAAUGCUUCCCACAGUUGUGUCAAGUUGGCUGGAUGUCCUUUGGGUGGUGGACCAUUCUUGAUACAAACGGGAAACUGUUGAGCGUGAAAAACUCAGCAGCGUUGCAGUUCUUUAUACAGUGAGGGGGAAAAGUAUUUGAUCCGCUGCUGAUUUUGUACGUUUGCCCACUGACAAAGAAAUUAUCAGUCUAUAAUUUUAAUGGUAGGUUUAUUUGAACAGUGAGAGACAGAAUAACAACAACAAAAUCCAGAAAAACGCAUGUCAAAUGUUAUAAAUUGAUUUGCAUUUUAAUGAGGGAAAAUAAGUAUUUGACCCCUCUCAAUCAGAAAGAUUUCUGGCUCCCAGGUGUAUUUUAUACAGGUAACGAGCUGAGAUUAGGCGCACACUCUUACAGGGAGUGCUCCUAAUCUCAGCUUGUUACCUGUAUAAAAGACACCUGUCCACAGAAGCAAUCAAUCAAUCAGAUUCCAAACUCUCCACCAUGGCCAAGACCAAAGAGCUCUCCAAGGAUGGCAGGGACAAGAUUGUAGACCUACACAAGGCUGGAAUGGGCUACAAGACCACUGCCAAGCAGCUUGGUGAGGAGGUGACAACAGUUGGUGCGAUUAUUCGCAAAUGGAAAAAACACAAAAGAACUGUCAAUCUCCCUCUGCCUGGGGCUCCAUGCAAGAUCUCACCUCGUGGAGUUGCAAUGAUCAUGAAAACGGUGAGGAAUCAGCCCAGAACUACAUGGGAGGAUCUUGUCAAUGAUCUCAAGGCAGCUGGGACCAUAGUCACCAAGAAAACAAUUGCUAGCAAACUACGCCGUGAAGGACUGAAAUUCUGCAGUGCCCGCAAGGUCCCCCUACUCAAGAAAGCAAAUAUACAGGCCCUUCUGAAGUUUGCCAAUGAACAUCUGAAUGAUUCCGAGGAGAAGUGGGUGAAAGUGUUGUGGUCAGAUGAGACAAAAAUCGAGCUCUUUGGCAUCAACUCAACUCGCCGCGUUUGGAGGAGGAGGAAUGCUGCCUAUGACCCCAAGAACACCAUCCCCACCGUCAAACAUGGAGGUGGAAAUAUUAUGCUUUGGGGGUGUUUUUUUGCUAAGGGGACAGGACAACUUCACCGCAUCAAAGGGACGAUGGACGGGGCCAUGUACCGUAAAAUCUUGGGUGAGAACCUCCUUCCCUCAGCCAGGGCAUUGUGGAUGGGUAUUCCAGCAUGACAAUGACCCAAAACACACGGCCAAGGCAACAAAGGAGUGGCUCAAGAAGAAGCACAUUAAGGUCCUGGAGUGGCCUAGCCAGUCUCCAGACCUUAAUCCCAUAGAAAAUCUGUGGAGGGUGCUGAAGGUUCGAGUUGCCAAAUGUCAGCCUCGAAACCUUAAUGACUUGGAGAAGAUCUGCAAAGAGGAGUGGAACAAAAUCCCUCCUGAGAUGUGUGCAAACCUGGUGGCCAACUACAAGAAACGUCUGACCUCCUGUGAUUGCCAACAAGGGUUUUGCCACCAAGUACUAAGUCAUGUUUUGCAGAGGGGUCAAAUACUUAUUUCCCUCAUUAGCAUAUUAAUUCAUAACAUUUUUGACAUAUGUUUUUCUGGAUUUUUGUUGUUGUUAUUCUGUCUCUCACUGUUCAAAUAAACCUACUAUUAAAAUUAUAGACUGAUCAUUUCUUUGUCAGUGGGCAAACGUACAAAAUCAGCAGUGGAUCAAAUACUUUUUUCCCUCACUGUACAAACCGGUGCGCCUGGCACCUACUACCAUACCCCGUUCAAAGGCACUUAAAUCUUGUCUUGCCCAUUCACCCUCUGAAUGACACACAUACACAAUCCAUGUCUCAAUUGUUUCAAAUCUUAAAUAUCCUUAUUUAACCUGUCUCAUCCCAUUCAUCUAAACUGAUUGAAUCAUUUUUAUUUUAUUUAUAUUUUUUAUUGCUACUAGGCCCUCUUCUUUCGUGUUGUUGAAGUGAGGGUGUCUCGGUUGCCUUCUGUCAUGUGGUGAGGUGUGACUUCCUGUAAGAGUGAGGUAUCUAGAAUCUGAGGGGACUCCCUGCUGUCACUGUGUGGGUGGAAAGGUGCAGGCUUUGCAGACUGCUCUCUCACUAUGGGCUGCAUUUUUGGCUGGCUUUAAGACAGAAACAGUGUCAAACGCACACUCUUUGGCAAUAUAGUCUUGUAAAAGCAUGGACUAAACAUUUUCCAAACCUGGCGCCAGGGUUGGUAAUUUACCUGUCUUAUAUCAGCUUGCUUGUGCUGAGGUGGGAGGGGUGGAAAUAUGAGGUGUGUCCCCAAAAUCGUGUGCCAAAUGUGCAAAUGUUAAGCAGCACUAGUGGUGAUAUUGAAGACUCAAAACCUGGUCUUAGCAGUAACGCAAUUGGUUAUGGCAUCGUUUUUUGCCAGCGGAGGCGCUCAGUAGACGAUAACCAAUAUUUUAUUAAAAUAUCAUGAGUAGCAAAACAAUCAACAUAAUUUUUUUUUCUUUAUAUUGGAUAUUUUUGUCCGUGCAGCUUCUGUGAAAAGCUUGGACUCAUUAGGCCUAUUUAAUGAAAUGCCCAUUGAAUGAAAGGUGUCAGUGACUGUAGGAAGUCUGUUUAGGAACAUAAAGUUAUUACAAUAGACUGCUUAUGGUUUUUCCUUUAUCAUUUUGUUGAACAAUUAAUUACAUCUUCCACUUUCAUCUGUUGGACCUUAGUGUUAAAUUGUAGGAUUAGUGUAUACUAUUGAAUAAACUAUAUUCAAUGGAUAGGACAAACAUCCAUGCCUCCUGCCGAAGAGCCCUUUGGCCUACAUGUGCACACAUUGCCUUAUGCUCAUGGAACGAGAGAUGCGAUUUAUGAUAUCAUGCUUCUGACCCGAUCCUAUUUAGAAAUAUUGUUGUUGGUUAAAUUAAAUGAAAAACAAACUUAUUAGAAAGAUUCACCGUCCAAGGGUUUAUAGUGAGAAUGUACAUGGCUCGAAUGAAAUGCAAUUCCGUCUGGUAUUUCUGGAGAAGUGCAAAUAUUAUCUGUAAGAUGGUUCCAUGAUGUUUCUAAAACAUGACAUUUUCGAGCAGUCAUAACGGUGAGUGGACAUUCUCCCUUUUCUCUUUAUAUUGGAUCUUUAUCCAGCUCCUGUGGAAAGUUUGGAUGUGUGUAAAACCCUCCUUUUUAGUCUGUUGCCUUGUCUGUAUUAUACGCUCAUGGGGUGCAAUUAUGUUGCGUGUAACUGUAUUUAGACAGCCUAUUUUUAAACAAGUUAUUUUGUUUUUAUUCGAAUUAUUCUUCAUAGGCCUCAUCAAUAGCCUAGUGAGUGUAAUCUUGCUUAUUGACUACGUUUAGCAUGUCCAGACUGCAAUUUACAGAAGGCCUAGCCCCUAUAUUACUGUGAAUGCUGUAGCCUAUGUUUAACAAUGUAUUUCCAUAUUGAAGCAAUGCAAUUAGUGUGUUGACUGCAAACAAAAUAUUUAGCAAAUAUGGGGCAGGCUAUUUAACGAACUAGGCUAUAACGGACUAACAUUUGAAUUGGAGUUGAUGACAGCACACUACAUUAAAGACCGUAAAUACACAACUUGAAGCAACCACAUAUUUAGCCAUGGAGCACAUUCUGAUUGGCCAGUAAGGGGCCAAGCCUCGACAAACCCACAACUUGUUUAUUCAACAAAACCAAGCUCUUUCGCGCCACUGCACCCAUAAUUCCGGUUGUGAAAAUAGCAAAAAUAUUUCGGACACCCCCUGAACCUAUAACGCUACUGCCAACGCUAAGAUUUAAAAAUUACGUUUAAUCAUAUCUGCAGGAAUUGCAGCUUUUGAAUGUAUGCAAGAAUACAGUAUGAGAAAAGAAACGUUCACGGCUACGCUAAUGAUCAGCCAUAUCCUUCUAGACUCACACAUCCACUAUCAGACUCCAUAGUGACCAACAGCUAUAGACAGUUCUAUACUAGGCUAAUUUAAUUCACUCAGGUGCAGUUGCAGUAUGACUUAGCCCCCAUCAGCUGAUACAGUAGCCUAUACCUGGACAUCUGUCCAACCUGUAGCAGGCCAGUACAGCCGAGCUCCGGAAGACAGAAACACAGCCUGGGGGAGUUUCUCUGUAGGGAACCCACCUUCUGCAGCCUUAGCAUUUCCACUCUCUACUCACUGUAAAUCUGCACACUGUUUACUGUAGACCUUUUUAUAGAGCAGAGCUUUGACCCCAACCUUACUGGAAGGUUUAAUAAGGAAGCCCAUCAGUGCACAGCUCUCGCUCUCUGCUGCCCCAAGAUGGACCCCCACUGUCUCCUGGCCUGUGAAGUAUGAUGAUGAGAGGAUGCUCUGUGCACACAUCUCAUGGUGCAGGUAAUAAGUGAGUUCCCUGUACAGGCUGGUGUAGGAUAUUUGCUGCAAGCAAAUGUUGGGUGAAUGGAGCCUAAUAUGGUUCUCUAUACUGGGACAGAUGCAUUUGAUGCAAUUUCAACAGUUCUUUCAGAGUUUAGAAAUGACAGUAGGCCUAGGCUACAUUAGACUUUUCAAUCUGGCACAUGGUGUAUGUUCCAAAAGUCACCUUUACUUGAGGCAGAAGUGUUGGGAAGACUCUAAGUCAUCGAAACUCUGACCGACAGCAGAGUCCGUUCUCUCUCCCUCCUUCUCUGACGGCUGCCUCGUUCUCUCGGCUGUUUGGAGCGUCUCAUUAAUGAGCCUGAGCUCCAGGAAAACCUGAACCUCCAAUUCAGCAGCAACACUGUUGGUUCUGGCCAACCUGGUUUUUAUGCGAGGCACUCCACUCCGCUGUACUACAGUCAGUCUGGUUUUGUCCAUGCUGACAGAUAUGGCUGAGGACUGAGAAGGUGGGAGAAGAGGCCCCCGUCUGCCUGAGCCCUCCUCCAACCCCUUGCCCAUCAAGGCCCAUGGCACCGAGAUAUCUUCUUUGUAUCUCAGUAACUGGGAGCCGGCCCUACCAUCAGUAGUUGAUGGCUAAAUGAUAUUUUUCAAUGUUUUAAAUGUCAACUUCCUUGAUUGACAUGGAAUUGAACCACAUCCUGACCGGCAUAUCUACUUCACUAACACCAUCAUAGUAUCUCGGACAGCCACUGAUUGACCUCUCAGCUUCUCUUAUAGCUACCAAAUUCUGGACCUUUAACCCCUCACAUACACCUACUGCCUAAAACUGCUUAGAAAUGGUCCUGGCUUGGCUGUCACGUUGCACCCGAUUUAGCCUAUUCUCACUUCACACACCUAGUUUAUUCACAUGCACUCCACCUGUAAGCUACAUAUUAAGCGCAGUCCACACACACAGACACACUAGCGCUCACUGCUCUCAAUCAUUCCUUAAGCCAUAGCCCUACUCCUUAGCGCUUCUCUCAAUCACACACUCACUUCUCACGUCUGUCCUCAAUACACUCUCCAUCACACAAAUCCUUUAGCCAGUCCCCUAACCCCCUCCCAGGAGCUCCACUGGCCCAUUUCCUCCUUCACAGCACGCCUGCCUCCACACCACAGACUUCACAUUCUCAUUAUUUUUUUACAAGUGCAGACCCCUGCUCUUCUAAGCCAGAUGGGAGCCCUUAAGUCCUGUGUGAAAAGAGCUACUGCAGCACCUCAUUCAUCUCGCCUCCCCAGGCCCCCUUUUCUGAGGUCACUAGCCCAAAUCGGCCAGCAUGUACAUUUUUCCCCCAUCUGGCAGGAGUGUUAAGUCAGUAACCUGCUAAAAUUUUAACCAGUGUUGCUCGAAAAGCUACUGUUUAAUUAAAAAGCAGCCUGGUUUUAAUGGUGCGGCGGAAGCUUAAAACGUUCUUAGCGUUUUGCGCUCCGUUCCACUCUCCUCUCGCCUGUUUUAGAGUGACUGCUCUAGGUAUACUAGAGGGUAAAAUCUUAGUGCAGUUUCUUAGUCUGUUGUCUAGUUUUGUGUAGACAAGACAAGGGCAUUUUAUCAAGUCCAAGAGCAAGGCUGUAAGACCAAGAUCCCCAAAACUUAGGCUAUGCAAGUCCCAAGUCAAGCCCACAACACUCCCAGUCAAGACCCAGCCUACUAGGACUACGGCGUCAUUGUUUAGCAGUAGGCUAUUUGAGUCAGUCCCAAAGAAUCAGUGUGUUUUUAUGAAUGAGUGUUAAAGAUGCACUAUGCAGAAAUCGCUCCGCCAUUUCCUGGUUGCUAAAUGUCUAAUAGUUCGCCUAAUUUCAGUUUGUGACGAAACACGCAAGUAUAGUGUAGAGUCAUUGUACCAUCUAAACCGCUGUGAAAUAUAUUUUCCAUAACCAAAAAUAUUGUAUUUUCAGCUGUACAAAACUGCAAGUUAGACACAAAAACAAAACUUAAGACCGGGAAGCAUAAAAAAGAUCUACUGCUUCUUAGACUUGCUUUCAAUGAGAAUGGCAGAUCUAUAACUCCCAUUUCUAUGUGAAUUUGGUCGGGUCACCCAAAAAGUUACAUAUUGCAGCUUUAACCACUGAAUGAUGAUUGACUGAAUGGACUAACGAGUUGAAUUUUCAUUGAAUGUGACUCCAUUGAGUCUAUGCGUGUGAGAGGACAAGUGUGACAAAUUGAGAAUGGUUGAUUGAGAACUAGUGAAUAGUCGAGUAGUGAAAGAGUUUAUGAAUGACACCAGCAUAUUUGUUCAUAAAUUCAGUGAUUUAAUUAUUCAUAGUGUUUACGACGUGAACCAAAUUUGAACUUGCACGGCUAUUAGGCUGAAGUAUGUUUGAAUAAUGUCAUGCCGUGUAACAAGCCUACACGAAGACCUUGUUUGUGUGUUACUGUGCAUAUGUCACUCCCUCCUGGAGUCUUCUUAGAUGGUACGCUAAAUAGAACACAUAGCCUUCGUGUUGACAAUGUCUCCCCAAGAUAAAAAAAAAACAACACUUGAUUUUUAUUUUUAUGGUGAGCUGAAUACAGAGUCCAACAUAGUGUAACUGUAGGCCUAGUCACCCGAGGCUGACUGUUUCUCUCCCUCCCUCCCUGUCUGUGUGUGUGUGUCAGGUGGUACCAUGGGAAGCUGGACCGGACCAUUGCUGAGGAGCGGUUGCGGCAGGCCAGGACCCCCGGCAGCUACCUCAUCAGGGAGAGUGACCGCCGGCCCGGCUCCUUUGUCCUGUCCUUUCUCAGCAUGACCAGUGUGGUCAACCACUUCAGGUCAGGACAGACACACAGACAGACACACAGACAGACUGCGGCAGACACACAGACAGACUGCGGCAGACACACAGACAGACUGCGGCAGACACACAGACAGACUGCGGCAGACACACAGACAGACUGCGGCAGACAGAUAGGCAGACGCAGACAGGCAGACGCAGACAGACAGGCAGGCAGACACAGACACACAGACAGACGCAGACACACAGUCAGACAGAGACACACAGACAGACAGACAGAGACACACAUACAGACAGACAGAGACACACAGACAGACAGACAGAGACACACAGACAGACAGACAGAGACACGCAGACAGACAGACAGAGACACGCAGACAGACAGACAGACACGGACAGACAGAGACCAGACAGACAGACAGAGCGCGCAACGACAAGACGACGCAGAGACCGACAGAAGAACACGCAGACAGAACAGACACAGAGACACAGACAAGAGACACACAACAGACCACAACACACAGACACACAGACGGCAGACACCCGACAGACAGACACACAGACAGACAGACGACAGACGAGACACGACACAGAGCAGACACACACAAGCCACACACAACCAACAGACGACACACACAACAGACAGACAGACAGGCAGGACAGAGACCCACAACAGACAACGACCACACAGACAGCAGACAGACAGACAGACAGACACACACAAGACCCAGACACAGCAGACAGACAGACAGCACAGACGCCACACAGACAGACAGACACACAGACGAACACAGAGACAACCGACAGACAGACAGACAGACACACGACAGCAGACACACGACCACGACACACACAGACACACAGACAGACCGACAGAGACCACACAGAGACAACAGCAGACAACACACACACGGCAGAGACCGAGACACACAGCAGAGACCAGACACAAGACAACAACAGAACAGACGACAGACAAGACGACGCAGACAGCAGAGACACAGCAACACAGCAGCACACACAUCGAAGACGGCCAAUCAAACAAACAGACAGAGACACGACACAGAGAAGACAAGACAGAGACACAACCACAGACAGACAGAAACACACACACAGACAGACAGAAGACACAGACAGACACAGAACCAGACAGACAGAGGACACACACGACAGACAACAGAGACACACAGCAGACAGACAGACUACACAAGCACAGCAAGCAACAACACAAGAGACACACAGACAGACAGACAGACAGACAGAGACACACACAGACAGACGACGAGAACACCACAGACAGAAACAGACAGACACACAACACAGACAGAACAGACAGAGACACACGACACAGACAGACACACACAACAGCAAGACAGACAAGACACACACAGACAGACACAACAAACACACACCAGACAGACAGACAGAGACACACAGACAGACAGACAGACAACAACACAGCAGACAGAGACACGACAGACAAGACAGACAGAACACACGACAGACAAGGACCAGACAGAACACACACACAGAACAAAGACAGACACACACGACAGACAGACACGACAAGACAACACACAGACAGACAGACAGGAGACACACAGCACAGACAGAGACACACACAGACAGACAAGACACACGACAGACAGACAGACAAGGACACAACGCACAGACAGACAGACACCGAAGACAGACAGAACCAGCACAGACAAGACAACGAACAGACACAGCACAGAAGACACCAACAACAACGACAGACAAGACAGACAGACGAACCAACACAGACACGAACAGACAGACGACAGACAACAAGACAGACAGACAGACACAGACACGACAGACCAGACAGAGACACACAGACAACAAGACAGAGACACACAACAGACAGACAGACCGGACAGAGGACACAGACAGACAGAGAACCACAGACACCAGACAGAGACACACAGGACACAAGUACAGAUAGGGACACAACGACAGAAGAUAGACAGACACAAGAACAGAGACGGACACUCACAGGAGGACACAGCACAGGCAGGACACAGCACACGCACAGGACAGAAGACCACACGCACAGCCGGAGACACACGCACAGACAGGACCAGAGGACCACCACGCACAGACAGAGACACCACGCACAGAGACAGACAGGACAGAACAGACAGACAGACCAGACAGACAGACAGACAGACAGACAGACACAGACAGACCGAGACACCAGACAGACAGGACAGACAGAGACACACAGACAAAGACACACCGACAGACAGAGACACACGACAAGGAACAGGCCAGAGAACACACAGACACAGGACAGAGGACACACAGACACAGACAGAUAGACACACAGACAGACAGACAGACAGACAGACAGAGACACACGCACAGGCAGACAGACAGAGACACACGCACAGACAGACAGACAGAGACACACGCACAGACAGAGACACACGACAGAGAGACAGACAGACAUACAGACAGACAGACAGACACAGACAGACAACAGACAGAGACAACAGACAGACAGACGACAGAGACAAAAAGACAGACAAAAACAGACAGACAGACAGACAGACGACAGACAGGCAGACAGACCCGGCAGCCCAGACAGCGACAGACAGAGACAACUACAACAGACAGACAAGACCCACAGCAGGCACACAGAGACAACCAGGCAGAAACGACACAGCACAGACCGAGACACACAGCAGAGACAACACAGACACACCACAGAGACAACAGACAGACAGAGACCAGCAGACAGGACAGCAGACAGACAGGCAGACAGCACGAGACAACGAGACCGACAGACAGACAACGACAGACAGAGACAACAAGCAGAGACAGACAAGAGACACACAGACAGACAGACAGACAAAACGACAACACACAGACGACAGACAGAGACACACACAGACAGACAAAGACAGACAGAGACACACACCAGACAGACACACAGACAGAGACACACACAGACAACAGACAGAGACACACACACAGCAGACAGACAGAGACACACAGACAGACAGACAGACAGAAGACACAACACAGACAGAGACAGCAGACAGACAGACAGAGACACAGCAACACAGACAGAGCGACAGCAGACAACGAACAGACAGAGACACGACAGCACAGACAGAGACACACAGCACAGACAACACAACACACAGACAGACAGACCAGCAGGACACAACAGAACAGACAGAGAACACACACAGACCAGACCAGGCGAGACAGACACAGAGACACACACAGACAGACAGACAGAGCCACACACAAGACAGAGACAACAGCAACAGAAGCAGACAGGACAAGACGACAAACAGACAAAGAACAGACAGAGGACACACACACAGACAGACAGAACACCACAGACAGACAGAACAGACAACGACAGACAGAAGGACAGACAGACAGACAGACAGACAGACAGACACAGACAGACAGACAGACAGACAGACAGACAGAGACACACACACACAGACAGACAGACAGAGACACACACACACAGACAGACAGACAGACAGAGACACACACCACAGACAGACAGACAGAGACACACACACAGACAGAGACACACACACAGACAGAGACACACACAGACAGAGACACACACACAGACAGAGACACACACAGACAGACAGACAGAGACACACACAGACAGACAGAGACACACACACACAGACAGACAGAGACACAGACAGACAGACAGAGAGAGAGACAGAGAGACAGGGAGAGACACACACACAGACACACACACAGACAGGGAGAGACAUACACACACACACACACACUGGGAGAGACACACACACAGACAGGGAGAGACACACACACAGACAGGGAGAGACACACACACAGACAGGGAGAGACACACACAGACAGGGUGAGACACACACAGACACAGACAGGGAGAGACACACACACAGACAGGGAGAGACACACACACACACAGACAGGGAGAGACACACACACAGACAGGGUGAGACACACACAGACACAGACAGGGAGAGACACAGACAGGGAGAGACACACACACAGACAGAGAGAGACACAGAGCAUAUAAACACUUAGCCCUUGAUCACGACUCUCAGUUCCAUUACAUUACACAUUAAGUCAUUGGACGACGGCGUCUUCUGUAAGGGGCAGUUUUGAUAAGAUCCCCUGACGCUUGGUCUGAACAUUAACACGCAUCACUUGCGGUACGGUUUUGGAAGCAUAAGGAUCUUAUCUUUCAUUUCAGCAAGAAAUUAUUUUAAAAAAUAACAGAAGGUUAAAUUGAUACACACCUUGAUACGGUUAGGGUUAGUGUUCCCACACGGCCAUAUCUCCAUGUUACAGCGCUUGUUUACGGAAAACAGACGGACGACGAGACGACCACCUGUGCUAAUUAGCUAUCUCGCAUGCGCCGAACACCUGUGUAUAAGUGUAACACGGGAAGUGUAGCGGAAGUGUAGUUUUGUUGGAUGGAGGCACCCAUAGCUGUAUGGAUCUGUGCAAAACUGCUACAGUAAGUACAUGUUUUUUGUUUGAAGGAUUCUUUCUCGCUGAUGAAAGAUCCGGCCCAUGUUUCGAAAGCCGCAUCGUGAGCGAUGAUUAUUCACAUUUCUAACUGUUAAAACACAGCGUCUGGAUUGUAGUUCACACGAGGGAGUCGUGGGUGACGCUAAUGGCUGAGAACUGUAGGGAGAAGGUGGAAUGCUACCUAGAGUUUUCGAGAGCUAAUAAACACAGAGUUCAUUCAUUCACAAUGCAGUAGUGUUGCACGGUAUACCGAAACGUCAGUACUUUUUCGAUACUAGAACAUGGAAAAGGGUUCGGUACUAGAAUGUGUUACUUUCGGUACUUCUGUCAAAUGUGUCUCACAUCAUGUACUGAUUGAGAGGAUACAAGUCUGUAUCAUUGCAGCCUAUGUUCCCUAUCAUGGCUAAUCCACUUACUCAUUGCUAGAGCGGCUGCAACUGUUUAGUUCCCCACUCAUGCGGCAUAGAAGUUAACACACUUGAAUAACGCAACAUGGCAUGUAGAAAUGUUGAAUCUGUUAAUUACUGUUUGCAAACAGUGUCCAUACUGGCCAGAACACUUUACAAUGCAAGAAGAUACCAGUAGCUUCCAGCUUUGUAGGCUAACUUUCCUUGCUAGCUUACAGCUGACACUAACAUCAAUUCACUACCCUAGUACUUUGUUUGUGAUAAUAUGCUAACCAUAAUGCAAAAUAUGCUUAUUUCAAAGCUUAUUGUCACCAAAAACAUUAUUAAUUCACUUAAUCGUGUUUCCCUCACGUCCAAAGAUUAUUUGACCUUUUGUCUCUGUCACUUCUCCCUCAUCAAACUCGACUCAACUGACUGUGGGCAUGUGCCUCGGAAUGAAUGACGUCAUUACUGGGUUAAAGAGACAGCAAGCUUUUAUAAAAGAAGAAGUUGCUACUUCUAUGCAAAUGUUGUUGAUCAGUACAAUAAAGUAAGUAUCUAAUGAAAUUGGAAGGGAAGCAGAGUGUUUUUCAUCUGCCAUUUCUCCAUUAUAAUAGUUUUUUACCCCGUCUUACCACCUCACCUGUAAACUCCUGAAAAACAAAGAAAUCCUAUGGAAAUCAUUGUUUGCAUGUACACACUCCUAUUGAAUAUGCAUUCACCUGUAUUGUGAAUAGGCCUAGGCUACAUCUUGAUUUAUCCAGUUUAUCAAUAGAAAUGUACCAUUCAAAUAAAAUAUUACCAUUUAUGUUAUGUAGUUAGAUUGUUAAAAACAAAGUCAAAUUAAUUGUAUGAUUGUAUAAUUGAUUCAGUAACGGUGAAAAUUUUUUACAGUCUGGGAUAGCAGUAGCAGGUGAAUUACAGCUAUUUGACAACACCACAAGGGCCUUGUACGACGUAUGAAUACAAACUUACAGGGGAUCGAUAGUAACAUAUUGCGAUAUUCUUUGACGAUAUGAUAUGGAUAUUUGACUAAAGGUAUAGAUUUGAUGAAGAACAGAAUGUAGUAGGUAGCGUUAGCUAGUGCUAGUCGCCUGUACCUGCGCCAAAACUCCGAUAUUAAACAUCCUAUAGCUUGUUCUCUUUUUAAAUAGUGAGCCAACAUGUUUUUAGGAUUUCUAUUUCUCUUACUGAUCAAAACGUGUUUUCUCAUCUCUCUGCAGCAGACAUAUAGUGAGCAAUAUAUUUGGAACAUCAAAUCGCAAAAUAAAAUUGCAGUAUGGAAUCGCUAUACAUAUAGAAUCGUGAGAAUCGCAGUACAUAUCGAAUCGGCACCUAAGUAUCCUGAUAAUAUUGUAUCAUGAGGUCCCUGGCAAUUCCAUCCCUAGUGCAUACUGUUUGCAACUGUAUUUUAGUUUUUUUAUUCAACUGUAUUUGUUCCAAUGAGUUUGAUAGACCUGUCGAUAAGGCCCGACCUUUAUUCAUGACCAAUCCCUCCUAGACCUGAUCAACACCAGGCACUUCAAUAGACGAUUGAUAACGUACUAGGAAAUGAUGACGUCUCAUUCACAGCAUUACUUUAUAGAGACAUGAUAGCAUUGAUGCUAGGAACCCUUGUGGAUUGGUAUUAGGAAGGCAAAACCAUGGCAAGAUGUCCUUGAAUGGUGUCUAGUCUACAUUACCCCAUAGUCAGACUGAGAUGUGCUCAACAGAUGAGCUGAGAAUGAAGGAUUAUUCCGUGCUCCCCACUGUUUGCUGGCUCGCCAAUACUUUAAUCAUGUCCUUGUCGUCAUUACUGGAGCAAUUUCACACAAGACUAUUAUCUGAUGAGUCAUGGUGGUUUAAUGCAUGUAUUUUCCUUUUGUUUCAUUGAUCCCAGAGCAACUGGGCCUAAUUUUAGCACUGUGCUGCUCUGCUCUUGUACUCUUUUGAUGGUUUGGGUCAUUAUGUGGAAAAUUUAGACUAGUUGUCUGCUGAUAAAUUGUCAAUUUAGCUUAGGCCUAUUUGUACUUUCUGCACACUGUGCAUGCAUUGUGCUUAACAAUUAAUCGUAGUGUUGUGUGUGUGUGUGUGUGUAUCUGUGUGUGUUUACAGGAUAAUCGCCAUGUGUGGAGACUAUUACAUAGGCGGGCGGCGGUUCUCGUCCCUGUCGGACCUGAUUGGUUAUUACAGCUACGUGUCUUGCCUGCUGAAAGGUGAAAAGCUGCUAUCGCCCGUGGCGCCCCCAGAGGUAAGAUUCCAUUGCACUCAAGUAGAAAUGGAAGUUAGACAUUCUUAGACACGUACUCAAUAUAUCUGGGAAAUAUCUGUCCCAACUUCCCCUACACCCCCAGGCCAUAUAUCAUAACCACUCUCAGGAGAGAAGCCAGGCAAAAUACUAAUGAGUGGUGUGAGGCUGUGAAAUCAUCCUGGAGGGUGUCUGGUGGAAUCCUUUUCAUUAGGAAUUCUGAGGGGGGUUGAAGAUGUGAACAUUUUAGUGGAAGCAUGGGUUAAAUGUGCAGUUCUGUGUUUAAUUGUCUGUCUGUGCGUGUGUGUGUAGCCUGUAGAGGACAGGAGGAGAGUGAGAGCCAUUCUUCCAUACACCAAAGUGCCAGAGACCGAUGAAAUCAGGUAAGCACUAUAAGAAACAUCGAAAUACAUUUUGUGGAAGGUGAAUGUGUGUGUUUGCCCUGUUGGAGAUCACAUUAUCUGAAUAGUACAAAAACAGACCUCUCCCUUUCAUUUAGCGAAGCCCAGCACGCUAACAGAUGAGCCUGACAAUUCUUCAACAUGUCAGAUCUGAGACAAAUCUGUCUGAACCCUUCACACAGACACACUGCUAGCACAGACUUAGCUGGCUGGAAAGAACCAUGCAAUAUUUCUUCACAAAGGUGUUUGGUAGCUUACAUGAGACACCUUGUGGAGAAUGGCGGGUACUACACCCAAAGACUACCAUAUGUCAAAACAGUUCCGUCGACAAUAAGCUGUAAAGCCUCAAGGGUCCGCACUGCCUUUAGAUCUCAUAACUAAAUAGCCAAUCGCAAUUGAAAAGAACAAAGACUAUGUUUCUAGUGCAUUUUAGUGGGUUUUUGUGAAACAGGAGAUGCAGGUGUGACUUCAUGUGUAGCAGCACGUUAAGAUGGUAACACGUCUUUUUUGCCCCCUGAACGUUGAGCAGUUAUUUUUUUCCCUCCUCUCCAUGUCUGUCAGCUUCCUGAAAGGGGACAUGUUUAUUGUUCACAAUGAACUGGAUGACGGCUGGAUGUGGGUGACCAACGUGAGGACGGAGGAGCAGGGCCUCAUUGUGGAUGACCUGGUGAAGGAGGUGGUGAGUAGAGUACAGCACUCUGUCUGCUCUGCACAGGUCUAGGAUCAGCCCUAACCUGUAACCAUUCACUUGGGCUGUGUUCCAAAUCGCACUAUUCCCUAUGUAGGGCACUACUAUAUACAGGGAAUAGGGUGCAUUUUGGGACAAAGCCAUGGUUUGCCAUUUGAAAACGUCUUCUCUCAACCUUUUCUACUCAGCUGGCAAUUGGAGUCAUUAUGGGUCUUUUCAGAUGUUUUCUUUUUCAUUUGUCAUUACGUCUCCACUAAUUUGUUGAACUGUUCAUGCUUAUUUUCAGGGACGGGAGGAGGACCCACAUGAGGGCAAAGUGUAAGUUCUGAUUUGAGCUUUUUCUCGUAGGUUGCCAUAAUGUCUAUGUACAGUAUAUGUUAUUUAGUACAUAUGUAAACCUCUGUCAAUACAGAUCAUUUCAUCAAUACUUUUCUCAAUACCCACCAUUAUCCAACCCACCACAAAACAUUAACUCUCAUGAAAAUGGCUGUUUAGUUCCUAUUUUUAGACAGCCUAUCAUUUGAGGUUCAUUACGUCCCUGCCUCCUGGCUACCUCUACGCACGCAACCCAUGUUUACCCUUUCCUUCAGCCAAAUGAUGUUUUCAUGUUGUGCAUGAAUGGGCAGGGAAGCGUGAGCGAGAGCGUACUGUAUACAGUAUGCGUCUUUAGUGACUUCGACAUAAUCCAUGUUUGCAUCUACACGGCUCAAUGAAUCUCAAUGAUGUAGUGACUCUGACCCAACGAACAGUAAGAGUGUAUAUGUGUGUUCAUUUUGUUUGCCGGCCUCCCAAAGACCGAAAGAUAUUUUACAAAUCCAACAUUAAAGAAAUUGUAUUUUGUAUCUGUUAAUGAAUUCAGACUAAGGUUGCUUUGUUUUGAACCAGUAGUUGAGUAUUUGGAGUGAGAUAUCGUCAGAAUUACUGACAUUGGCCCAUGUAUGAGAGUUGACUAGCUGUUGACCUGAUGGGAGUUCACCAUUGACCAAGUCCAAUAGGAUCUAUCAGGUUGUGAUUCAUCAUCCCAGACUCUGAUCGGACCCUUCUAAAACCGCCCCUUUAAACCCAGCACAUAUUGAUCUGUCGGUUUUAUUUACCCUCCCAUCUCCCUUUUUAUCUCUAAUGGUCCUUCCUGAUCCUCUCUGUAGUUGGUAUCACGGCAAGAUCAGCAAACAAGAGGCCUACAACUUGCUGAUGACAGGUAGCAAGCACUAUAUUCUCUUUGUCUCUAGAUUAUACAUUCUCCUCACGAGGAAUGUAGAACAAUGGGAUUAUGCUCCCAUUUCUGUGAUCUUGUCGUCAACAAACCUUUUCUGUUGCUAAAAUAUAUGUUCUGAUCAUUUAUUGGUGGUAAAGCAUCAAUACUGUCAAUGUCAACAAUACCAAUGUGAUUUCUCUCUCCCUUAUUUAGUUGGCCAAGUGUGCAGCUUCCUGGUCCGGCCGUCAGACAACACACCCGGGGACUACUCUCUCUUUUUUCGCACCAAUGAGAACAUCCAAAGGUUUAAGAUAUGCCCCACCCCCAACAAUCAGUACAUGAUGGGGGGGAGAUACUACAACAGGUACGUGUCGCGGCGGCGCAUACUGUCUCCCAGUGCAGUAGUGCUGAACCAAGAGGUGUUUAAUAGAAUCAGGAAAUAACCUGGCCUAUAAAUAGUGCCUAGUGGUUUUCCUGGUCAUGGGAUGUGGUCAGGAAAGCCAUUUGGCCUUACCUGUAAUCAUAUCUGUAAUCAUAUAAAGAUGUUGUUGGGAUAUCCAGGUAUACAGUUCCACAUAGAAGUAGAGGUUAUACAGGAAGGACUAUACAGAAGUCUGAUGCGUUAGGAUUGAGUAUGGUGGUUAGUGCUGGUUGUUAGAAAUAACUGCCGUGCUCUGUCUCUUCUCUCUCUGGCAGUGUUGAUGACAUUAUUGAGCAUUAUAAGAAAGAGCAGAUCGUGGAGGGCUACAACCUGAAAGAUGCUGUUUCAGUGCAGGUAAGCCUGAGUCCACUAACCUCCAUUGUGGUGCUACUCCUGUCCAUAUCAGUUUGAGACGGCUAUAGAUGUGCAGGUAUUUAAUUGUGUUGAUGUGUUGUUGUUUUAUUGACAUUCAUGUUCAUGUAUUUCAGCAACAGGAACAAGUGCUCUCAGACUUGGUGGACGGCAAGGAGAUCUAUAACACUAUCAGACGGAAAACGAAAGACGCGUUCUACAAAAACAUUGUCAAGAAAGGCUACCUCCUAUUCAACAAAGGUACCCAUAUGUUUUUACGCUCAAAUGUCUGUAAAUGUAAUCUUCCAGACCGUAGCCCAUUUCUCUCUCUCCCACUUCUCCCUGAAGUGGUCACUGGUAUACUACCCCUCGUGGAUUUAAAAGGCAAGGAUAUGUAAGAAAUAUGAUGUAAACUCCCCCCUAAACUUGAGGAAGUGAACAAGUGUAGGCAGAUGGGAGGGAAUUGGCCUCAUGUCUUCUCCUCUCUCCUCUCCCGACCUUCCAGGCAAAGGCAAGCGGUGGAAGAACCUCUACUUCAUCUUGGAGGGGAACGACGCCCAGCUCAUCUACUUUGAGAGUGAGAAGAGAGCCACCAAACCCAAAGGCCUGAUUGACCUGAGCGUGUGCUCGGUGUACGGCGUGCACGACAGUCUGUUUGGCAGGUGAGACAUUUCACCCAUUACUAUUGAUCCUAAAUCUGAGUGAACAUUGACUGGGACAAGAAUGAAUCAGUGCAACAGAACAUAAGCCUAUGGCUGUUGUUUAUACAUUGUUUGUAGCCAUGUCUGAGUUUGAUAGGAGUGCAUACAUUCGAUUGGGCAUGUGCUUUUUCAGUAAUACCUAGCUGCUCCUGUUUUUGUUUGCAGGCCAAACUGUUUCCAAGUUGUGGUCCAGCACUUUAGUGAGGAACAGUACAUAUUCUACUUUGCUGGCGAGAUUCCUGAACAGGCACAGGUUUGUACUGAUCUGUCUCUCACACUCUCUCAUUCUCUCUUUGGGACAUUCUCCAAUCACACCAUUCUUUAGUCUAACAGUGUUCUUUCCUCUCUGUAGGACUGGAUGAAAUGUCUGCAGACGUUCUGCAGUAACCUUAGGAAACCCACCCAGCCCACUCCCAACAAGAGGCUCCGACAGGUAUAAACACACUGUCAAGUGCUAUUUUUAUUGCGCUUUAUCAUUUCUAAAAUUUUCAUUUUUCACAAAUAUAUGCACAAUGUGUAUUUUUUAAUCUUUUUUUAUAAACGACACCAAAUCAAAUUCCUAACAACAUUGUUUGAUAUGGCAAAAAAGUAUUGAAUCUUAAAAUGCAAGUUGGGCCUAACUCCCCAAAGAACAACCCCAAUUCAUCACUCCUUUCUUUAAAAAAAGUUUACUUUUUAGCAGAUGCCAUUUAUCCAAAGAGUCUUACAGCGAACACAUAUAGGUGGCCCAUGUGGGAUUUAAACCCACUACUUUGGAGUUCCAAGCAGCUGAGUCAUCAGAAACCCUGGCUGUGACUGACUGCCUGACUGUUGACCUGGUUUGUGUCCCAUCAGGUGAGCAGUCUGGUCCUGUACGUGGAGGAGGCCCACAAGCUGCCGGCGAAGCACUUCACCAACCCCUACUGCAACAUCUACCUGAACAGUGUGCAGGUGGCCAAGACCCACCCCCGGGAGGGCCAGAACCCAGUCUUCACCGAGGAGUUCAUCUUUGAGUGAGUCCCAAUUCCAACUCCAUUCAAAGCGUUAUUGGCAAUUUAGGGGGAAUUGGGACAUUUUUAUUUGGCUUCCAUACUGCACUUACUAAUGAUAUGUCAGUAAUAAUUAAUUGACACAAUGAAUUAGCUGGCCAAUCAUGUUUGGGUUCCCUAAAUUGAUAUCUUUCUAUUUUUUUCCCCCCCUUCAGUGACUUGUCGAGUGAAAUCAACAGGUUUGAAAUCAGCCUGAGUAACAAGACAAAGAAGAGCAAAGAAAGUGACAUCUGUGAGUCUCGGUUCUACUUAGACUAGAGCUAUGUCACCAAAUCAAACAAUCUCUCUUUAUAAUCCCAUUCCAUAUUGAUAUGAGAAAAACAGGACUCCUGCCACAGUGUUUUGUGUCUGUGGGUUCCACUAAUUGUCUCUCCUUCUGCCUCAGUGUUCAUGCGUUGCCAGCUGAGCCGCCUGCAGAAGGGCCAGAUGAUAGACGAGUGGUUCCCUCUGAGCUCCCACGUGCCUCUGAAAGGCAUCGAGCCGGGCUCUCUGAGGGUGCGAGCCCGCUACUCCAUGGAGAAGAUCAUGCCUGAGGAGGAGUACAGCGAGUUCAAAGAGGUCAGACACACACACUUAUUAUUGAAGAUGAUGAAUUAAUUCAUUAAUGAAGGAUUACCAUGAGUCAAGGUACAAAGACCAGCUCAUACUCGGUUGCACUAAGUUAGACACCAAAACAUGGAUCAGCAGUUGGUAACAAAUACUGUAUUACUUGUGAGGUACAUAGUAUGUGUCCUGGAAAAAGACAUGUGAAAAUGAUGGCCACUUGUUUGACCAUAGGUCACGGACAUUCACUGUCUGUCUGUCUGGUUAUGUGUGUUUGUGUGUGUGUGUGUCCACAGCUGAUCCUGCUGAAGGAGUUCCAUGUGAUCUAUGCUCUGGCCCAUGUGUGUGGGCAGGACCGCACCCUGCUGGCCAGCAUCCUGCUGCGUAUCUUCAGACAUGAGAAGACCGAGGCCCCCUUACUCAGGACACUCAACGACCGAGAGAUCAACAUGGAGGGUAAGACAAACACGCCUCUAAAUAUGAAUUUCAAAACAUGCAAAGAUAAUCUAUUGUUGUAGCAACAUUGUGCUGUUUUGAAUGGCUCUUUAUCAUUGUGAAGUAGGUUAUCUCCACUUUUAGAUGCUUUGUGUUUAUGAUUCCAACAUGAAAGCUAUGACAGACACACACACUUGGCUGAUGAGAAGUCUCCUCUCUCUGGUGGUUCCCAGACGAGGCGACGACCCUGUUCCGAGCGACCACGCUGGCCAGCACGCUGAUGGAGCAGUACAUGAAGGCCACAGCCACACCCUUCGUCCACCACGCCCUCAAAGACACCAUCCUCAAGAUCAUGGAGAGCAAGCAGUCCUGCGAGGUAAACACACACACAAACACAAACACAUUUUCUGACAUGCAGAAAGGCUUUAGCCUUAUUUUGUUUAGCCCAAGCUCUACCUACUGUAGUUUGGCAACAUCUUGCGUCUGUAAAGUUACUUUAGUCAACUCUUUCAGCAGAGAAGUGCGUGGGCUACAACCCAGCUAUUCGUUACUUUAUCUCCCGAGCGGAACACUUGGCAUUUAUAACAUCAUAUCAGUACUUGGGCUACCCAGAAGACAAAACAGUAACUCAUGUCACAAUGACACAGAUUCAACCUUGGCAUUCACAGUGCUGUUGUGAUCUCACAGGACUCUUCAGACUGACUGAAUGUCUCCUCCAGUGGAACAGAGGGCAUUACACAUUAUCUUCCACAGUUGCUUUCAACAGCAAAUCCUACUCUAGUGAAAGAAUCUUAUGUAGCCCGUCAUAUUUUUGUUCACGAGCACACUUCUAUUUGUAUGAUGGCACAUCAUCUUUUUCCCUCCCUCCCUCCCUCUGUUUUUCUGUGUGUCCCCCUCACUAGCUGAACCCCUCCAAACUGGAGAAGAAUGAGGAUGUGAAUCUGAACCUGGCCCACCUCCUCAACAUCCUGUCUGAGCUGGUGGAGAAGAUCUUCAUGGCUGCUGAGAUCCUGCCCCCGUAAGCACACACACACACACACACACACACACACACACACACACCACUCCACGUUGCACAUACCAACAAACUAACACGGGAACCAUCCACAUAGGGUUGGGCGACGUAUGAACUUUUGGCAUAUCGUCGAUCGGGACUCAUUGAUUUGGACUAACAAAAAGACGAAUCAAUCCCAGUUGUUCAUUUGACUAGAAUUCUGAAAUGUCACUGUCUGCACUGUUCUGCUUUGUCAAGUGUAAAUAGGUUAUCAUCUGUCAUCGACGAUGACGUCCCCAUCGACGAUGGCUGUCAAUCAUUAUCAACACCUGAUGACAUCGUUCAUCGGCCCAACCCUAAUAAGUAAGGAAGUGUAUAUCCGACCGGCAGAACAAAAACGUAGGUUUAGGCAUAGGGGUCGAAAUUAAUUGAGGUUAAGGUUAGGAAUAGUUUCAGUAAGGGUUACGGAAAGGCAUAAAAGUAACAUUGGGUUAGCGUACCGCCGCCAUUUCAUUUUCUGCCGGUUAAAUAUGCACUGCCAUUUAAGUAACCAUCUCCAUAGUUUGAACCCUGUAUAUCAUGACAUUCUCCUGUAGUACAAUCAAUCUAUUAUGUCAUCAGACAAAACAACAAAUGAACUGAACACAUUAAGUACGUCCAUAGGAUAGUUUGAAGUUUAUACCGUAUAUUUAAGUCAUGUCCCAGUACAUUCAGUCUUCUCACUCUCUCUCUCUCCCGUGACCUUUCCAGGACUCUAAGGUAUAUCUAUGGGUGUCUGCAGAAAUCAGUGCAGCAGAAAUGGCCCACCAACACCACCAUGAGAACCAGAGUCGUAAGGUAACUACCCAUACACACCAUGGAUCUACUUUGCCAUCUGCAACCCUCAUGGAUAGUCAGCUCACAGAAUUAGAAUGGAUCAUUAGAAACCAUUCUAGUUUUAUGGUGCCUUUGGUCAAGGGGGGAACGUUUGGGAAGCACUGAUCUAACCAAUACUUGUUUGACUCUUCCCAGUGGCUUUGUGUUCCUGAGACUGAUCUGUCCUGCCAUCCUCAACCCAAGAAUGUUCAACAUCAUUGCUGGUGAGCCUAUACCCUUUGUAUUUGGUAUUGCAGAAAUUGAUUAUUUCUUAGCAUGGAUUGAACAGUAUGAGUCCAUACAUGACUUUUUUUUGCGUGUAGACCCUCCCUCUGCAACAGCGGGCCGUACCCUCACAUUGAUUGCCAAGUCUGUCCAGAACCUGGCUAACCUGGUGGAGUUUGGUGCAAAGGUAUGGCCACCUUAAACAUCAUACACUGUUCUGUGUGGGGACGUUCGUAUCCCUGUGUUGUCUAAGCGCAGGCAAACCAAAGUGUAAUCCUCCAUAGAUGUGCAUUGUACCUCGUUUCCAUCCUUCAGGAAACUACUGAAUACUUUGACAAAGAUGGUAAUGGAGUGUGUUCCUCUUCAAUCUAGGAGCCCUACAUGGAGGGAGUGAACCCCUUCAUCAAAAACAACAAACAUAGGAUGAUCAUGUUUCUGGAUGAGUUGGGGGUAGGUUACCUGUUUCCAUCUCCUUUAGACACAAUUGGAACUCUUUAGAAACCUGUGGCAGUUCUGUUCCAAUGUCUAGGUAAGACGUUAACGUGUGUGUCCUUUACAGAAUGUCCCUGACCUCCCUGAAGCUACAGAGCACUUUAGGACAGACCUGUCCCGUGACCUCGCAGCCCUGCAUGAGAUCUGUGUCUCACAUUCAGACGACCUCCGCACCCUGAGCAACGAGAGGGGAGCACAGCAGGUGUGUGUGGCAAGGGCAUUCAACCAGUGAUUGAAAGGCCAAAAAGGCUUUUUGAAUCUGUUAAUGACAAAUGGUACCAAAAACAUGCCAUGACGAUUGUAAACCAUGGCUGUCUCUCAUGUUUCUCUCUUUGUAGCACGUGCUGAAAAAGCUGCUGGCCAUCACUGAGCUCCUUCAGCAGAAACAGGUUCACUAUGCCAUGUCCAACAGCAACAGGUAGUACAGUACUCCUCCCCUCUCACCCUCCAUCCCUCCUCCUCCUCGCACGGAGUCGCACACGGGACCUGACCCAGCAUGCUCCACUCAUCACCAUGGCAACCCCACCCCUCAUCUCCUCCGACAGCCCCGCCCACCAUAUUUCCCAUGCCACGAGAACAGCAGCAAACCGAACAACCAACCAACGCAGUACCUAA